AUGGGGGGUGCAGAGGGGUCCCUGCCCUCUCUGUGGGGUCAGGCUGGGGGUCCUGGUCCCCCUCUCCCCGUCCCUCCCGUCGCCCGGGCACCGCGGGGGGGACCCCCCCGCCUGCCGACCCCCACCACCACCAUCACCAUCCUCAUCCUCGCGGCGCUGAGCCCCGCGCGGGCCUGCCCGGCCGUGUGCCGCUGCUCCGGCGGCCGCGUCUACUGCAACGACCGCGGGCUGACGGCCGUGCCCGAGGGGCUCCCGCCCGGUGCCACCACGCUGUUCCUGCAGAACAACCGCAUCGGCGACGCGGGCAUCCCGGCUCGCCUGGGCCGGCUGCCGGCGCUGCGGGUGCUUUACCUGUACGCCAACGCGCUGGAGCAGCUGCCGGCUCACCUGCCGCCGGCGCUGCGGGAGCUGCACCUGCAGGAGAACAACGUGCGGGGGCUCUGCCGCCGGGCGCUGGCCCGGGCGCCGCUGCUCGAGCGCCUGCACCUGGACGAUAACUCGGUGUCGGCGGCCGGCAUCGAGGAGGACGCGUUCGCCGAGAACCGCCGGCUGCGCCUCCUCUUCCUCUCGCGCAACCACCUGAGCAGCGUCCCCGCGGGGCUGCCGCCGGCGCUGGAGGAGCUGCGGCUGGACGACAACCGCAUCCACACCAUCCCGCUGCGGGCCUUCGAGGGGCUGCCGGCGCUGCGGCGCCUGGUGCUGGACGGGAACCUGCUGGCGAACCAGCGCAUGGCCGACGACACCUUCAGCCGCCUGGGCAACCUCAGCGAGCUGUCGCUGGGUCGGAACGCGCUGGCGGCGCCGCCGGCCAACCUGCCCCGAGCGCGGCUCCGCCGCCUCUCGCUGGCCGCCAACGCCAUCAGCCACGUGCCCGCCGGAGCGCUGGCCAGGAUGAGGGCGCUGGAGAGGCUGGACCUGUCGGACAACAACCUGACCACGCUGCCCAGGGGGCUCUUCGACGACCUGGGCAGCCUGAGCCACCUGGGGCUGCGCAACAACCCCUGGUUCUGCGGCUGCAACCUGGCCUGGCUGCGGGACUGGCUGCGGCGCCGCGCCCCGCCGCGCCUGGAGGUGCGGGGGCUGCUGUGCCAGGCGCCGGCCAGGCUGCGGGGGCUGCCGGUGGGCGAGCUGCGGGGCGAGAUGGACGCCUGCGAGAGCCCGGGCGGAGCGGCCGCCGCCGCGCCGGGGCUCUGGGUGCAGGCGGCUCCCGGCGGGGCCCUGCGGGUGCGGUGGCCGCCGGCUCCUCCCGGGGCGUCGCUGCGGCUCAGCUGGCUGCGGCCCGGCGGCGGAGCCGUCACCGAGACCUUGGUGCGGGGCGAGCGCGGCGAGUACGUGGUGCGGGCGCUGCAGCCGCGGGCCCCGUACCGGGUGUGCCUGGCCGCCCUGGAGCCCCCCGCCGCCUGA